AUGUCUAAUAAUACAAUGGCUACUGUUAGUCCUCAAGAGAAAAUUGGUGAAGAAACCACAGACGUGAUCACUCCUUACGUUGAAUAUGAAGCAUUUAAUUCAAUAGUAGAUGCAUUACAAUGGAAACAUAUACGAAAACGAGCACCUGUAUGUUUCAAAAAAUCGUUACAUAAUCGAUAUAUGUUAGCUAAUUUAAUUUAUUUGGGAUAUACAAUUGGACUUUUAAUUAUUGACUUUAAUCCAGCUUUUACUGGAUCAUCAUCGUUAGAGACUUUAACAAC